AUGUAUUCUAGAGUUUUUUCCUUAGAUCCUGAUGCUGAUGCUUUGGUGAUCAUGAAUAGAAAGUCUGAAGCCAAGCUUAUUUCUGCUUUUGGGAGACAACUGAGAGGGGUGAUCCAGUUAUCACAAUGGAAUGAUUUACUUAGUCGAUUGCAGGAUUAUGACUUCACGGAUGUAGCCGAUCGAUUGGUGUGGGAUCUCGAUGUCUUUGGUUCUUUCUCUGUUGUUAUGAUGGAUUGCGAUUCAGAAGACGAAGGCAACACAGACCCAUUUUUUGGUUUACGCGAGCCUUUCUCUGGUCUUAAUGAGAUGGAUUUUGAGCUUCAUGGCAUCUACAUGGAUCAUGAACCUGACAAAGAGUUCAUUACUCCACUGAACAAGUGUAAGGAUACAUUUCUUAAUGUGUUACUAACUAAUGAAAAUAUUAGAAACUCUAGUUUGACUAAUGAUGUAAGAGAACAAGUGUAUCAUGGUUGUGACUUACAAAGUGAUGAAGAUGAAGAAGAGCAAGAACAUGUGAUAAAUAAGUACAGAAUACAUGAUCCAAAAACAAGAUGGGACAAAAUGGAACCAAAACUUGGUGACAUGUUAUGGGGAAUAAUUCAUAGUCAAGGGCAUGUGUUUGAGGCCAGAAGAGGGUGUGACAGUUAUAGGGUGGACUUAGAUGAUAUGACCUGUUCAUGUUGGCUGUGGGAUUUGGCUGGCAUCCCUUGUGUGCAUGCAAAUGCAGCAAUUAAUUUUAUCCAUCAAACACCAGAUGCAUACAUCAAUGCAUACUUCUCUAAAGAGAAAUUUAGGCAGUGUUACUCAACAAACAUUGAACCUGUUAAUGGCAGCAAUCUUUGGGCCCAAACUGAGUACAUUAAGCCAUUACCUCCAAUGUCUAGGAGGAUGCCUGGUAGGCCUGCUACCAAAAGAAAGAUGCAUGCCAGUGAAAAGGAGAGCAAGUUUUCAAAAACAAAAGUGAAGGUUGCAAGAACUACCAGAUGUGGUAAUUGUUUGGAAUAUGGUCAUAACAAGAGGGCAUGUAAGAAUGAGAGAAAACAAUAUGUGCCUCCCCCACCAAAGAAGACAGGAAGGCCAAGAAAACAUCCCAUCCCCCAUGUAUUUGUUCCUAACCAGUCACUAAAUGAGAGAAUGAGAGAAAACAAUACUACAACUCCUGGUUCUAAAAGAUUUAGGAGAAAUAUUAUUGAUGCACCUAGGAAGAAGUUGUGCACAAGGAGAGGUGGUGAGAGGAUUGGUUCUGCAAAAACUGGGAAUAAUACUCCAACUUUAGGUACUCAAGAGAGUGUGGUUCAACAAGUUCCAGUUACUGAUGAGGGUGAAAAUAUGUUUGGUGAAAAUUUCAUGCAAGAAGGUUAUAAUGUGGGUCAAAGUGUGGUUCAACAAUUUCCAGUUGUAGAAGUUCCUACUGUUGUAAAAGAAGGUGUGGUGCAGGAAGUUCCAGUAAUUCAUAUUCAGGAUGGUCAUAUGAUGCAAGAAGGAGGAACUAGUCAAACAAGUGUGAUGGAAGGUAGUGAAACUUUUGGGCAAGUAGGAUCCAGUAUUGGUUGGAAGCUUAAAUCAAUAAAUGAUGAAAUUGAACAAGGUAUUGAUGCAAUUUUACAAGAGGUUAACUUCACAAACAAAACAAAGUCCAGUCCAUUAAAUGGUGACAAUGAGGUGGAAGAUAAUGAUGUUAUUAAGUUUACUGAGGGCAAAGAGGAUGAUAUUCUUCCAGAGAAGAUAUAA